CAAGGAAUCUCGUCUACAGCUCUUCUAGUCGACACAAGCGACUCUGUCUGCUCCCGCCAUGACAUCCCUGACGGUGUUGUUAGUCCUGCUGGUGUGCUCCGCCUCGGUGUGGAGUCUCCCUGCCGGCCCGUCGGCUCCCCGCAACCGCCCGCUCGAGCAGGACGACACCGGCGCCAUGGACGUGGGGGUCGCCCCGGCAUGGCUGGAGAGCUACAGGGAACAGGAGCCGCUGGCCGGCCCUGCUGGACUGGACAGCAUGCCCAAGAGAGCCUACUUCGGCUCUGGGUUUAGAUACCACCUGCUGUUCCCCCACCCUAUCUGGAACCAGAAGCAGGCAAAGGCACGAGGGGGCCGCUCCACCGCCUAACUGUGACGUCACCGGCACGUGACCUGGCCCUGACCAAUCGCCGAACUUUGUGCGAAUUUUAAUUUGACUGAACACCGUAUAUAGAAAGCUCUUAGGACUGUUUAAGAUAUGCAUCACUAAUUACAAACAUCGGUUUUGAGGAAAUGUGUAUAAUGUCAACUCUCAUGAUACCGCCGAGUACCAUAAAGAAAUCAUAUCACUGGACUUCGGUUUGUUGGCGGUGUCGCUAUGUUCUAAAUUUGAUUUGUGUUGAAUAACGAAAAUAAUGGAAUGCAGUGGAAGCCAAUUAAUUGAACGUCGGAUAA